AUGUCUUUGGAUUUCAACGGUCUAGCCCAACAAUUCACCGAAUUCUAUUACAACCAAUUUGAUACCGACAGAACUCAAUUGGGUAACCUUUACAGAGAGCAAUCCAUGUUGACUUUCGAAACCAGUCAAUUACAAGGUGCCAAGGACAUCGUGGAAAAAUUGGUCUCUUUGCCAUUCCAAAAGGUCGCUCACAGAAUCACCACUUUAGAUGCUCAACCGGCUUCUUCCAAUGGUGAUGUGCUAGUUAUGAUCACUGGGGACCUUUUGAUCGAUGAUGAGCAAAACCCACAACGUUUCUCUCAAGUCUUCCACUUGAUCCCAGAAGGUAACUCUUACUAUGUCUUUAAUGACAUUUUCCGUUUGAAUUACUCUGCUUAA